AUGGCUGACCCGCAGGUCCCUGCAGAUGCAGUCCAACAAGCUCAAGUUGUCUUACAAAACCAAGCACAAGAAGGUCAAGCACCGGCGGCGUUAGCAGAACAAGCUCAAGCACCAGUAGCGCCAGAGGAACAAGCUCAACCGCCUGCACAAGCGCCAGUGCAAGCAAACGAAGUUUCUUUGGAGGUUUGUGAAACUUUAUUUUAUCCGUUCGUUGCCACGUGUUUCGUUCCGGUUCUCUAGUAUUUCGCUUCCAAACCUUGUAGGUUGUUUGCCCUACGCGAGCUGUUUUUCAUUUCCACUUAGUAUAUUAUUUGCCCUGCUUCUUAACAUUUGCCCGCUUUUCUACGGGCUGUGCGGGCUAAAUUUUGUUGGAUAUAUUAUUCGCCCUGCUUCUUAACGUUUGCCCUCGUUUCGUAUGGGCUGUGCGGGCUAAAUUUUGUCUGAUAUAUUAUAUGCCCGGCUUUUAACGUUUGCCCUCGUUUCGUGUGGGCUGUGCAGGCUAAAUUUUGUCUGAUAUAUUAUUUGCCCUGCUCUUAACUUUUGCCUCGUUUCGUGUGGGCUGUGCGGGCUACAUUUUGUUUGAUAAAUUAUUCCGCCUGCUUUUAACGUUUGCCCUCGUUUUAUGUGGGCUGUGCGGGUUAAAUAUUUAUUUGUAUAUUCGUUCUGCUUCUAAAAGUUUACCUUCGUUUCGUGUGGGCUAGUGCGGCAUAUAAUUUUGUUUUGUUUACCCUGUUACACUGUAUUUAAAUUGCUUUUAAAGUUUACCCUCGUUUUGUGUGAGCUCAGCGGGCUAAAUCUUGUUUUGCAUAUUAUUUGCCCUGCUUUUAACGUUUGCCCUCUUUACGAGUAGGCUGUGCGGGCUAAAACUUUGUUUUGUAAAAUAUUCGCCCUGCUUUUAACGUUUGCCCUCGUUUCGUGUCAGCUGUGCGAGCCGUAUUUUGUUUUGUAUCUUAUUCGCCGUUAUAAACUAUUUGCCCCUUUAUGUGGGCCUCGCGGGCUAUAAUUUUGUUUGGUUUGCUUUUCGCCCUGAUUCUCAGCCUUUGCCCUCUUUUCACGUGGGCUUCGCGGGCAAUUCUGAAUUCGUAUGCUUGUUUAUUUUCAUCUUUAAAACCCCCUUUUACUUUUGCUCUGCCUACAGUUUUGUUUAGUUGUUGCGCCUCCUUGUUUGCCCUUUUGUUUUAUUCAUUUGCGUAUUUACCGCUCGAUUACACCGGCAGUCCCGCUGGGGCUAGUUUAUUUUGCCCGUUGUAUUUAAUUUUGUUUGCUUUUUCUCUCCCGAUCUUUUAUUAUAAAAGCUGUUUAUUUAUUAUUGCCUUGAAUUUAUUCUUGGAUUUUAUUAUCGAUGUUUUGUCGCUUUUAGGGCUUAGUUUUGACUGCCCAUUUUUCUUUUUUAGGCCUUACAACAGCGUAAUAAAGCUCUCGAAAGUGCCCAAGGCACCUCAGUCGAGUCAUUGAUACAGAGAAUUUCAUAUUAUGGUGGCAGAAGAGUUGAGGACUUCGACAAGUACGAAGCGCUUCGUUACGCCGAAGAAUUAGCUUCUGUUGCAAAGUCCUCCAAUCACCCCAAGGCCGCCAGCUAUGAUGUUAUCGCUUCGACUUUGAGAGAGAAGCUCCACCUCCCAGCUGAGCAGUUCAAGGCGUAUUUCCUUGCUUUGUUAGCUGACAAGGAUUUUUCCCGUGUUAUCGAAACGAUCUCGAAGGUUGACAAGUCUUUCCAGCGGUCCACACCAUUUCGCACACAGACGCGUAGAGGAAGUUUGCCAUAUCGGCAACCGUAUUUUCAAGCCUAUCAACGGCCACCCUCUCGCGUUAUUUGUUACAAAUGUGGUGAACCAGGGCAUAAGUCACCCCAGUAUUGGAAGCGCGCUCCUUCUCGUCAGCCUUCUUCUGCUGCUCAGCCUCGAUUUAACCAUCCUUCAACAUAA